AUGGGAGCCGCCCGCCUGCUGCCCAACCUCACGCUGUGCCUGCAGCUGCUGAUUCUCUGCUGUCAAACUCAGGGGGAGAAUCACCCGUCUCCUAAUUUUAACCAGUACGUGAGGGACCAGGGUGCCAUGACCGACCAGCUGAGCCGGCGGCAGAUCCGCGAGUACCAGCUCUACAGCCGGACCAGCGGCAAGCACGUGCAGGUCACUGGGCGUCGCAUCUCCGCCACCGCUGAGGAUGGCAACAAGUUUGCCAAGCUCAUAGUGGAGACAGACACCUUCGGAAGCCGCGUGCGCAUCAAGGGAGCUGAGAGCGAGAAAUACAUCUGUAUGAACAAGAGGGGCAAGCUCAUCGGGAAGCCCAGCGGGAAGAGCAAAGACUGCGUGUUCACAGAGAUCGUGCUGGAGAACAACUACACAGCCUUCCAGAAUGCACGGCACGAGGGCUGGUUCAUGGCCUUCACGCGGCAGGGCCGGCCCCGCCAGGCCUCCCGCAGCCGCCAGAACCAGCGAGAGGCUCACUUCAUCAAGCGCCUCUACCAGGGCCAGCUGCCCUUCCCCAACCAUGCCGAGAGGCAGAAGCAGUUCGAGUUUGUGGGCUCAGCCCCCACCCGCCGGACCAAGCGCACUCGGAGGCCACAGCCCCUGACAUAGUCAGGGACACCCCCGGGGGGGCAGCCGCCCCUCACUCGUGGGCCUUCCCAUCCCCUUCCCUUCCUAAUCCAAAGACAGGGCUGGGGUGGAGGCAGGGGAGCCAGGCCCCCAAGGAGGAUGCUGAGGACCACCGAGCAUCAGAGACCCCCCACCGGAAAGGCGGAGGACUGCCACUAACCAGGGCUGGCUCCUCAGGGCCCCACCCUGGCGUGGCCCCCUGGGGGCGGGGCAGGCCCCCCAGAAGGGGAAGGUAGAAUAACCCGAGGUCAGGCUCCCCUGAACCAAGUGGGCAAAGUCAGCGGAUUCAAGGCUCUGCAGACACGGUCUGGAGGCGGCUCUCCUCGAACUCUGCUGCCCCUGUCUCCCUCAGUCUGCCCCCCAGCCUCCAAAUUCCUCCUGGCCAGACUGUAGGAAAGGACUUUUGUUUUGGUUUCAGGAAAAAAAAGAGGGAGAAAAAAAAAAAAGAGGGCUGGCCAUUCUUCACAUUCCACUACCCAGGCCUGCACCCUCUCCCCCAACU